GAACCAGUCCCAGAUAGCCGGAGCCUUGAGUCUGGUUCAUUUCUUUCCCUGCCGGCGCUUCGCCUGCUGUUUUGCCCAAGCCUCGAAGCCUCAGUUCUUAGUGAACAGGUAACAGAAGAAGCAAUUGAGGACUUGGGAGGAGAUUGAGAGGAUAAAAUGUCUUUUCAGAAUUUGCCCACUUUUCUGGUACAACUAGUUGCAAUGGCUGGGAAUAAAGGAAGAGGACGGGCUGCUUAUACCUUCAAUAUUGAGGCAGUUGGAUUUAACAGAGGUGAAAAGUUACCUGAUGUAGUAUUGAAACCACCCCCACUGUUCCCUGAUACAGAUUAUAAACCAGUGCCACUGAAAACAGGAGAGGGUGAAGAUUAUAUGCUGGCCUUGAAACAGGAGUUGAGAGAAACUGUGAAAAGAAUGCCUUAUUUUAUAGAAACACCUGAAGAAAAAGAAGAUAUUGAAAGGUAUAGUAAAAGAUAUAUGAAGGUGUACAAGGAAGAGUGGAUACCAGAUUGGAGGAGACUCCCACGAGAGAUGAUGCCAAAGAAAAAGUACAAAAAAGCAGGUUCAAAAUCCCAAAAGGUGGACAAUACUAGCAAAGACACUUCACUCACUAACACUGCAGAUGUAUUGAAAAAAAUUGAGGAAUUGGAAAAGAGAGGUGAUGGUGAAAAAUCAGAUGAGGAAAAUGAAGAGAAAGAAGGAAGCAAAGAGAAAAAUAAAGAAGGUGAUGAAGAUGAAGAAGAGGAUGCUGUGGAACAAGAGGAAUAUGAUGAAGAAGAGCAUGAAGAGGAAAAUGACUACAUUAAUUCCUACUUUGACAAUGGAGAAGAUUUUGGCGCAGACAGUGAUGACAACAUGGAUGAAGCAACCUAUUAGCUAUGAAAUUUCUCAAAAAAUAUUUUUAUGAUACAGCUUCUGAACAUUUGGACAGACUCAUUUCCUAUUUUAUUUCUGAUGAGGAAUGAGUAAGUAUCUUAUUUCUGUUCCUGUUUUGUUGGACAGUAUUUGUUACCAAAACAUUCAGAAGCAUUUUGAGUUUACAUACUAGUUGCUUUACCAAUAAGUCUCUGACACUCUGACAUUCCUUCUUAACACUUCUUUAUCCCACUUAAGUAUUCAAAUGAAAAUUUUAUUUUUGGUAUUAUUUGGAUUAGAAUGUGCAUCUUUUAAUCUGUUUUUAUACUUGAACAAAUUAUUCUUAACUGCUGACCUCAUCAUAAUAGAUUUCUAUAACCUGAAAGCUGAUUCAAUACUGCACAUGGAGCACUUUAAAAACAAAGAAACUUGAAAAUAAUUUUUCUUUUUAUCUUUCCAUGGUAUGUUCUAUGCUACUAUAUUAUAACUACAUAAACCUACCUAAGCUCUUACAAGUGCAUAUGAGGUAAGGAGUUUAGUGAUCAAAAAUAUAUACAAGGAAAAAAGCCAAUCAGAGCUGUAUAAAUUGCACAGCUUAAAUCUCAGCCAGUAUAAAGACUUUGAAUGAAUAUUAAAAAUACUUGAAUUUGGGGUUAUCUUCAUAUCAUGCAAUAUAUGAAUUAAUCAUCUCACUGUAAUAAGUUUGAUAUUUUGAAUAGUUGGGCUUAUGAAAAAUUAGACUGAGACAUCUUAAAUUUGUACUUUACGAAAGUGGUAAGUUCUAGUCAUAUAUAUCUCACUGUAGAAUGCAUGUGUGAGAGCUGUGAGAUAUGAUGGCCUCUUAUAUUUCAAAGGACCCAUUGCUAUCUAAUUGAUUUAUGUAACAAUGCAGAAUAAAACUCAGGUCACUUUGGAACUAAGAUUAAUCUUUUUUUGUUUUAAUUAAAAACUAGCUCCCCUGAUUUUUUAUAUUGGGGGGAGUGGGGAGGGAUACCUAAAAACCUUAGCCUUAAAGAUUCACAAAUGCCAAAGAUUUUGAAGGGAAUUCAUACUAUGUAUUUCAAAAAUGAUUUAUUAAUAUUACCUACCAAAGCCCUGUCUGGGUAGCUCGUCCCUAUACAUCAAGGUCGUGGGUUUAAUCCCUGCUCAGGGUACAUACAAGAAUUAACCAAUGAAUGCAUGAAGAGGUGGAAAAACAAAUUGCUGUUUCUCUCUCUCCCUGUCCCCUUAUAAAAUCAAUCAAUAAAUAAAAAAAUAUUAUCUACCAAAAGAAAUAAAUUUAUUUUUCCCUUUGGGGAAUAUAUCACCCAUUACUGUCUAACCUGUGAAUAGAGCCUUGGACUCUAUUUCUGUCUUUACAAUUAAUAAACUCAACCUUGAAAUUGAGCUUGAUUUUCUGUGCCUUAGUUUCUUCACUUGUGAACAAUUUUCUAUAAAAACUGCUUAAAGACCACCCAAAAUUUACCGUAUGCAUUCAUCAUCUUAGCAUAUAGAAAUAGUCAAUUGUUCAUUUAAAUUUAGUCUGGCCAUCUAAAAAAUUAUAGCCUAUAAAGUGGUUGAAAACACUGUUUUGAGAAACAAACAUAUGUUCCUCACAAAAUACAUUAUAAUCUGAUUUUCCUAUCUUGUAUUCUGGUGGAGAAAUUUUAUACUUGUAACAUAGCUUCCUCAGGAAAAAGAUCACUUUCAAAUGUAAUACUUCCUCAGAUAAUCGAAGAUGGGUGUGAGGACCAUUAUUAGUUCAGUGCUUUUGAUCAAAUUUGAAUUAGUUGUUUGAAGGAGCUUAUAAAAAUUUUUAAAGAUUCUAAAUGGAAAACGAAUAAAAUAAGUCUACUUUAAAGCAGCAAUCUACUGUACUUAGAGUAAAAAAAAUCACUUAGUUUCCGUUGUAAUUGGCAAAUAGUCAUUUAGGACUGAUAGUUAACAUAGGUGUUUUAUUCUCUCAGCUCCUUAUUACGUUAGGCUAAUAUUUAAUUUAUAAUGUCUUAUGUCUGCAAUUUUGUGUACUUUGUUGUUAAUCUGCUGUUACUGCUUGAACAGGGCAAAUACACCAAAGAUACUGCUUUUUCCCCCUCCCCUUUUAGUCUGCCUCCAGCAUUUUAGUUCUGCAGAUGGUAAGACAGCCCUUUGGGCAGUGGUUUGCUUUGUGAAGCCCCAGCCAUCUCCCCACUAUGUGCAUUCUCUUUCCCUUUGGGAAAAAUCUCUCUACAAGUUUACAGUAGACUAAUUGUGAGAAUAGGCCGGAAGUAUUUGCAGAUUUCUUUGCCAGCAUGGAUCUUGUUUUUGUGGCUUGAAAUCUCAGAGACUGAAGUUAUCCUAUAGGAAGGUAACUUUUAAUGCAGAGAUAGAGAUUAUAUAUAAAAAAGUAUAUACUUGUCAGUGAAGUCUUUAA